AUGAAUAUUACAAGAUAUUAUGCGACCGUUCAUCCUGAAGAAUGGGUAAACCAAGUUCAGACAAUAUGUUUAUUUAAUAAUAUCAAACAACAAGAAAAAGAUAUUUUGAAAAUAUGUAAAUUAAAUAUUGAUCUUCAGAUAUCUAUCCCCAAUGAAAUAAAUACACUUAAAGAACUUGUAAAGGCUCUUAAAACUCAUUCAACUUUUGAAAUAUACAAAAGUGGUUGCAAGUAUAUAUUAGACCAAAUGAUAUUCCAAGGAGAUGAUGCUACAAAAUUUCUUGCCGACUUCCGUUCGCUUUGUUUUAAAGCGGAAAUUACUAAUCCACAAGAGAUUAAAAAUCGUCUUUUGGAAAUAUAUUCAUCGAAUGAAUUCUUUAAACGUGAAUUUCCAAAGAAAAUAUCCAGCGUCACACCGAUAGAUGAAAUUUACGUAUUAUGCAGCAAGGUCAUUUCAGAAAGUUCAAGAGUAGUCAUAGACGACACGUAA